AAUAUCAAAAUGGAUGAUAGCUUAGAGUUCACAGAUGAUGAAAUUCGUGAAGAGCUGGGAAAGUUGGGAUAUCAAAAUGUUCCAGAUUCAAGACUUGACGAGUUUAAAAAAGAUCUUGGAAGACUGAUUCGUCAUGAGAGAAGUAAACAGAGUUCACAGAAUACAAGCAUGUCUUCACAUCUCCACACAGAUACUUCAAAUUAUGAAUCAAGGGUGCGAGUACCUGAGCCAAGAAUGAGAGUACCACUUGAAGAAUCUCCAGUUGAACGUCAAGUACCUAGUCUAGCGGAGGAUAGAAGAAUGUAUUCACAGUGGAGAAGCGGUAAAGAAAACAGAGAGUAUCCAAUGAGAGCUGGUUCCCCUCAAGAAGUACAUCACAUUCCUCGUAGACCUGGUGCUGAAUUCAGUUUAUAUGAAAAUGAUGCUGAUCAAUCACAGUUGUCUCACAGAGAUGAUGUUUCGGAAGCAGACUCAGAGAGGAGAAUGAUGAAGCGAAAAGUGCUCAGAAAAGAGAAAGAUGGCUCAAAGAGAGUUGAUGAAUCCAUGUCAGAAAGCGAUAUAAGUAGUGUGAUGGAUAUAAAUGAACGUUUAAGGGAACUGGGAAUAGCUGAUAGGGUGGAACUAUUUGAUAGGAAACGCCCACAAUCUGCACAAACACAGCCACAUCGACUAUCCCAAUGACCUAGACCUGCUUCAGUUAUACUUAGAAAACCAGAGCACCCACAUACAAGGAAUAUAAAGAAGUCUGACCCAGUAGCGAGAUAUCAACAGUUCCGACAAAGUUGGCAGGUUCAGAGGGCGCCAGGGGAGAAAAAUCAUAAAAAUUUACGUUGGAAUGUCCGAGAACAAAUGUUGGCACAAGAUAUUGUUUAUGAAAAGAAACAGCAUAGAGUGUUUGUGGCGAACAACUAUAAAAUACCAUCCGACAAAAAACGGCAAGAUCUACGAUGGCAGAUCCGUAUGGAUAUGGCACAAGGCCAGUUACCUCACCAUGGCUUCUUCCCAGAGUAUUGAUAUUGAACCAGGAAAUGUCAUUUUAAAAUGAUAAUGAAGUGAUAUAAGAGGCAAUAAAAUACCUUUAACAAAUUGUGAUAGUGAACAGUCAAUAUCAGUAUAUAUGGAUUUCUUAUGACAUUCAAUGUUGUUGGUGAAAAUGAUUUUGAAAUCGCCCAAAUAAGAAAGAAAUGUUAUGAGAUGAAAUGAUUUUGAAAUCACCACAAUAAGAAAGAAAUGUUAUGAGGUGAAAAUGAUUUUGAAAUCACCCCUAUAUUAAAGAAAUGUUAUGAGAACCCAGAAUGUUAGACAGUUUUUAUGGAAAAAAAAAUAUAUUAUAAAGGUUAUCAAAAGGGUUAAAGUGUUGAACAAAUGGCAAAUUUUAUUUAUAUAUUUAUUUAUUAUGAAAAAAUGACCAGUUUGCCUUUUAAUUGUGACAUAACAAAGUUGCGUGCUAAGCAUAUCAUUUUGUAAAGUCAUUAGAACACAGAUAUAUUGAAAUUGCCAGCUUGAAUAUAGAUAUAAUAUGCAUUGUUAAAACACAAAAUGAAAUCAUAGAUUAUUAUUAUAGAAAAGACAAUAAAAAAUUUGCAAAGAAAAAAAUAAUAAGAAAUAAAGAGCUAUAAAGAAUGAAGAAUUAUGGCCGUUUCAGUGUGCACAUUUCAUUCUUUCAAAAUCUAGAGUAGAUUUUAUUUUGAUUUAUUAAACCUUAAAUGCUAGUGAAAUGCUGUUGAAUUGACUUAGAUUGAUUUAUACACAUGUAUAUUAUGUAGAUAAAGUUAUUUAUUGUUUUAAAGUACUGCCAGAAUAGAUGUAAAUAUGCCAUGUUAAACAUAUUUUGAUAAUGUUUUUAUACUCUUGAAUUAGCUAUGAUAGGUAUCCUGUUAAUAUGCUCUUCGUUUGUCUGUACACAUAGGUCAAGUUGGAAUAUUUUUACAGUUCACUGAUUUAUGGUAGUUAUACUGUUAGAAAAUUUGCUUAUGGUUAUAUUUUAACUGCCUUCUGCUGAGCCCUUUUUCUUCAACAAAAUGUUGAACUGAUCAACAGAAUCGAUGCAACAUUGUGUACCUAUGUAUAAGAUUUACAAGUCGGACUGUACAUAUUUAAAACUGAAAAUAUAUUUUAUUACUAACUUGAGAAAUUUGUUGUGGCAUAAAAAUUGUUUAUUAUCAACAAUGUUAGUUUAUUGUGCCCUCUGUUUGCAAUACACAGAAAAAAGUCGAGCUUAAAAUUAAACAACACCUACCAAACUUGCAGUAAGCUAUUAUUUCUGUUAACAUGGCCUUUUUUUAGUGUAAAAGUGAUUUUUUUUUUUAAAUGAAUCACAUUCAUACCGAUAAAAUCUCAUAAGCACCAUGAUCUGUAAGCAUGUAUCAUCUGGCACUUAAUGUGAUAAUUUUGUUCUAUUUUUUACUAAAUUGAAUUUUUAUUUAUUUUACAAAAUUGUUGUAAAAAUGUCAUAUAAUGUUUAUACAUGUACAGUGAAAUAAAAUUGUAAAUAAGA